CCGUCUAAAGGAUUCGAACCGUGAUAGCAUCAGAUGAGAAAACCAAAGAUCUAAAUUUUAAUAAAAUCGAACCGGCGCAAAGAUUUAGGUCCGUAUAAAGGAUUUGAACCGUGUCUAUACCCAAUCGCAUCUGAUGGGUAAACCAAAAAUCUCAAUUUGAAUAAAAUCGAACCAUUAACGACCCGACCCGGCGCAAAUCUUUGAGGUCUAAAGGAGUCGAACCGGGUCAAUACCCGUACCAGACCUGACCCGACACAAAGCAGCAAGCUUUAGGUUUUAAAGGUUUGAACUUUGAUCGGAGAAACAAAUACAAAUCUGAACAAAAAUGCUCACUAAGCUUAGGAUUAGUAAGCUUGUUUCGUAUACUAUACCUCGGAGAAUCUUCCAACGGAGGUUUUUGGUGACGAACAACGCUUUCUCCAACACUGAGGAGGAGUCACCGGUUGUUGUUGCCGCAGAGUCGCCGGAGCUACCUUCUUGGAUCAAAGACUUUUUAUCAAACAAGCCUUCUUCUUCUUCGACGAGUUUGGUCUCCGAAGACGAUGAAGAUUUCGUUAUCCCUUCUUUGGCGAAUUGGGUCGAGAGCCAGAAGUUUAGUAGUGAACAAGUCUCAGAAGGGAAUGUGGUGAAGAAGAAGCCAGUGGAAGAUAUUGAUAAAGUCUGCGAAUUUCUGAACAAGAAGGACGCGUCUCACUUGGAUGUUGUUAAAGAGUUGAGUGGUUGCAAUGUGGUGGUUACAGAGAGUUUGGUUUUGCAAGUUUUGAGAAGGUUUAGUAAUGUGUGGAACCAAGCUUACGGGUUUUUCAUUUGGGCAAAUUCACAAACAGGUUAUACGCAUUCAGCUAAGAGCUAUAACGCAAUGGUUGAUGUGUUGGGGAAAUGUAGGAGUUUUGAUUUGAUGUGGGAGUUAGUUGAUGAGAUGAAGAAGAAGAAGAGUGAUGAAUCUGGGCUUGUUACGCUUGAUACCAUGAGUAAGGUUAUGAGGAGAUUAGCUAAAUCAGGGAAAUAUAGUGAAGCUGUUGAUGCUUUUUUAGGGAUGGAGAUGAGUUAUGGUGUGAAAACAGAUACUAUUGCUAUGAACAGUUUGAUGGAUGCACUUGUGAAAGAGAAUAGUAUAGAGCAUGCUCAUGAAGUGUUUCUGAAGCUUUUUGAUACAAUCAAGCCGGAUGCUCGGACGUUUAACAUUUUGAUUCAUGGGUUUUGUAAAGCUAGGAAGUUUGAUGAUGCUAGGAAGAUGAUGGAUUUGAUGAAGGUUACUGAGUUUACUCCUGAUGUUGUUACUUACACAAGCUUUGUUGAGGCUUAUUGUAAAGAAGGAGAUUUCAGAAGAGUUAAUGAAAUCUUGGAGGAAAUGAGAGAGAGUGGGAGUAAUCCUAAUGUUGUGACUUAUACUAUUGUGAUGCAUUCUUUGGGUAAAGCUAAACAAGUAGCUGAAGCUUUAGGAGUCUAUGAGAAGAUGAAAGAAGAUGGGUGUGUUCCUGAUGCUAAGUUUUAUAGCUCGUUGAUACAUAUUCUGUCAAAGACUGGUAGGUUUAAGGAUGCGGAUGAGAUAUUUGAGGACAUGACGAAUCAAGGAGUUUCUCGUGAUGUUUUGGUCUACAAUACCAUGAUUUCUGCUGCGCUUCAUCACUCUCGAGAUGAAAUGGCUUUGUGUUUGCUUAAAAGGAUGGAGGAGGAAGAAGAGGAAUCGUGCAGUCCAAACGUUGAGACUUAUGCUCCAUUGCUGAAGAUGUGUUGCCAUAAGAAGAAGAUGAAGCUGCUUGGGAUCUUGUUGCAUCACAUGGUGAAAAACGAUGUUAGCAUCGAUGUGUCGACAUAUAUCCUUCUCAUUAGAGGGUUGUGUAUGAGCGGGAAAGUUGAAGAAGCUUGCUUGUUCUUCGAGGAGGCGGUUCGGAAAGGAAUGGUUCCUAGAGAUAGUACUUGCAAAAUGUUGGUAGAGGAGCUUGAUAGGAAAAACAUGGCAGAAGCAAAAGACAAGAUUCAGAGUUUGGUUCAGUCAAAAACUAUGACCCAUUUACGCAGUCCUAUUUCUGUUGUUUCGUAGAGAUUAGUAGAGUUUGGAACCAUGGCUCAAAGUUUUGUUUUCUUUAUCUGUGGAAUGAUAUUAUACUCUGUAGCAGACUCUCUGUUUAGAUCUCAAAGCAUGUUUUACCUUACUGAAAUGAAAUGAAUUCGCAUGUUUUACCUUACUGAAAUGAA